CUCCUAUAACAUAAUUUUUUUUAUUCAUCAGUUUUAACAGGGAGGGAAUUGCUGUGUUGAAAUGCCUUUUUGGGCUUCCUCAUGAUUUUGGUGGCACUGAUGAUUUCACCCAAAAAAUAUCUGAGGAUUUAGAGGAACUGAUUGUUCUGUUGAGCACAAGGUUUAAUGAGGAUGAAAACUUAGCCGCUUCAAAUCUGAAAACUACUUUAUCUGAGAACUGUGCAGACUGUGGAAUAUGUGAAAUCGAUAUUGUUACUGCUGCGGAAGCCUGUUGGCUCGUUUACGAUGGAUGAUAUCUGUUCUGGUGAAUGUGUUCCUUCAUCAUCAAGUGAUGUUUUAGUUCAUUCAAAGAUACUUCCACCCCAUCUAUUGUUUCCUUCUCUAAAAAUGAAGAGCAUUCUGAAUGAUGAAGUUGGAUCAUCAUUGCCACGGAUCAGGAAGCCCGACAGUAAUGCUGAAAAGGCUGAUGAUUUCUUUUCUCUUGGGGGACUCGCAGACAAGUUUCUCUGGGAUUGCCCUGAAUCUUCAUCUGAUAGACUGUCUGCCCUUCCUGUAAAGAGAAAAAUGCCAUCAGUGGAAGGCUCUAAUAGGCGUUCCAGAGUUGAAGGGUCAGGUUCAGAGGUCAUGGGCCCAACUGCAUUUUUGCGGGGAUUGGGGCUUCCAACUGCCUCUACCACUCCUACUCGUAGGGAUAACUUUCGGCAGCGCAAGCCAAACACCAGCAGGCCACCUUCUAUGCAUGUGGAUGACUAUGUUGCCAGAGAAAGAAACACUGCAGAUGCUGUAAGUAGUAGCUCAAAUGUUGUAGGCUCAAUACAGCGUGGAGGAUCAACCAGUGGUAGGCCUCCAUCAAUUCAUGUUGAUGAAUUCAUGGCAAGACAGAGAGAGCGUCAAAAUCUAGCAACUAUGACAGUUGGGGAGCCAACAGCGCCAAACAAGAAUACACCUCCUGAGAAUGAAAUUGAUACUGAGAAGUUCGAUAGAUCUCAGCGGUUGAAAGCGGAUCUUGAUGAUGAUCUGCAGGAAUUAGAUAUUGUGUUUGAUGAGGAGGAGGAAGAAUCAGAUGAUAGAUUACCAUUUCCUCGCUCAGAUGAUAAUUUGCAGCCUGCCCCAGUCAAUAUUGGGGAAGGUUCCCCCCAUUCAAUUGUUGAAGAGACUGAAAGUGAUGUAAAUGAAAGUACUCAGUUUUCUCACCUGGGUACACCAUCAACAUCCAAUGUUGAUGAAAAUACACGAAGUGAGUUUUCUUCUAGGAGGUCAAUUUCACGAUCUGACAUGCCAUUGAGUCAAGAAACAAGUGUUCCUUCAGAGAAGUACAUGGGACCAAAUGGAGAGAAACCAUUUUUCCAAGAGGAAUCUAAUGAAAUAAAGAAUGCUGCUCCAGUUAUGCCCUCUGGUAGGCUUGAUUCUGCUGCAACAGGAAACCUCUCUGGAUUACCUUCACCUUUCUACAAUAAAGGUUCUCCAUCUGUGCAAUUACUAGCUGAUUCUAGGGCGCCUUCACCUACUUUCUAUCAGAGGGCCAGUCCGCAGCAAACUCUUAACACUACUUUGGCUACUGGAUCUCAAGGACCAUAUGAACAGAAGCCGCUGCUCAAUCAACCGCCACUACCUCCGUUGCCCCCUCCACCAAUGUUUUCCGUAACAUUACAGACAGCCGAAUCUGUUCAAAGUUAUUUCUCUCCAUUUGGUCACCCUAUGAGAGAUCUGCAACCACCAAUUCCAACCGGAUACCCAUUGCAAGCAUUUGAUGUUAGUGGCUCCAGUGCUUUAUCGGCUUUCCAUGAUUCAAAGUAUUUGUGGGCUACUGCCUCAGCUUCAAGUAGGUUACACGAUGAGAUCAACACUUCUAGUGGAUCUGCUAGGCCACCACCGCUUCCUCCUACACGUCCGCCAUAUUCAGCUUCAUCUGUUGCACAAUCAUCUCUAAAUACUAGUUCCCAGUCAUCAGGAUUCAGUCAGACUAGUGUGGGAACCACGCAGCUUCCAUUGACAUCUACUAUAUCUUUAAGCGAUACUCGAUCCAGUAAUUUUUCUGCAUCUGGUGGUCUGAUUUCUUAUUCGCCACCUCCACCACCUUUACCACCGUUGCUCCCUAAUAGGCCUACAACCAUACCUGGAAAUUUUUUUAGCAGUAUGGCAACUCAGCAACAGGGCCAAAACCUAUCUAGUUUCCUACAUACUGUUACCAGUCAGGCUGCCAUUCAGAUGGCUCAACCUCGUGUACAAUUACAACCACUGCAACCACCGCAACCACCCCGUACACCCCAUCCUCAGCACAUUAGGCCACCUAUUCAAGUUUCACAACAGCAAUCAGACCAAGGGGUGUCUCUGCUACAUAGCCCCAUUCAAGUGCAAAUGCAGCCACUACAAAUGCCCCAGUCCCAUAUUUCUCCAGUUCCUGUUUACUAUCAACCCCAGCAACCAGACCACAUUUCACAACCUCAGCAACAGGAAGUUGAACAUGUACAAUCACAAACCCUGUACCAGCAUGGUGAUAAUUCAUCCCAGCAACAUCAAGAUUCAGGGAUGUCACUUCAGCAGUUCUUUAGUUCCCCUGAAGCCAUUGAGUCUUUGUUGAGUGAUCGGGAAAAACUUUGUCAGCUUUUAGAGCAACACCCAAAAUUAAUGCAAAUGCUUCAGGAACGGCUAGGCCAUCAUUAGUGUCAUGAUGCCGAGGAUGUUUUCCCUCUGUAACCUGUGCUCUAAACCCAUAUGCCGCCUGUUAUUCUCGAAAAGUCACUCCUACUUGGAGGUUCAACCACCCUCAGGAACGGCAGCCAAAGUUACCUUCUGGUCAUGCUUGUAUUGUAUUCCAUAUGUGAAUUUGUAUCCAUGUACAUUUUUCCCCUUUUGGUUUUUUUUUUUUUUUUUUGGUAAUUUCUUUUUGGGUGUUAGUAUCCAUGUACAUAAUGUUUCAAUAGAUAGAUGUUUUUUGUUUUCCCCCCUAUUAUGUGAAGUUUUUUCUUGUUUAUUCAUUCAUUUACCAGUGAAAAGGUUACUGGCAAAAGGUAA